GGGAACACAGUCUUAGCAGCUUUUCCUGAUUCUGAACGGAGAGAAAAUCUCACACUAUGGCUCUGGAGAAAGUUAAGGAGCUCUUUCCAGAGGCUGAGGUUGACAGGCGCCUUGUCUCAGGCUUGUUUUGUGGCUCAGCUGCUGCUAUUCUGAUGUUCAAAUGGAUGAACCAGCGACGGGUCCAGAAGAAACUUGAUGAAUUCAAGACCAAGCGAGAACUUGGGUUUCAGCGAAUGGAGAAGGCAGCAAGGCAGUUUAAACAGCAGAAUCCAGGAAUAAAGGCUGCUCCAAUCCUAUCUCUUUCUCUUGUGGAACUAGCUGCAAAGUUAAAGGAUGGCACCUUGUCUCCAGAAAGUGUUCUAUAUACCCAUAUUGAAAAGGCUUUAGCAGUAACCCGGGAAAUCAACUGUGUGACAGACUUUCUCCCAGAGUGUGAAGAACAGCUCCGAGAAAUUAAAAAGAGAGAGAAAGGGUUACUCUAUGGUGUCCCUGUCAGCAUCAAGGAAAACAUUGCUUGCAAGGGAUACCCCAAUUCACUUGGCUUAGUGAAAUUUCUGGACUGUCCUGAGCAUGAUGACUCUGUAAUAGUCAAAGUUCUCAAGAAACAAGGGGCAAUUCCAUUUGUAAAGACCAACACGUCACAAGCCAUAUUAAAUAUUGACUGUGGCAAUACAGUCUUUGGACAAACCUUGAACCCUUCCAACCACAAGAAAAGUUCCGGAGGCUCCAGUGGAGGGGAAGCAGCUCUUAUUGGAGGGGGAGGAUCCAUGCUUGGCAUUGGGACAGAUGUGGCUGCAAGUAUUCGGGUGCCAUGUGGCUUUUGUGGGAUCUGUGGAUUCAAACCAACUGGCUAUAGGGUGAGUGUCAAAGGUGUUACCACUCCUGUAGCUGGAAUGAAUUCAGUCAUCUCUGUGACAGGCCCAAUGGCAAGAGACGUGGAUAGCCUGGUGUUGUGCAUGAAAGCCCUACUGUGUGAUGAGAUGUUUUCUCUGGAUCCAGCUGUGCCCCCACUUCCCUUUAAUGACAAGAUUUACUCUCAUACCAGCCCCCUGAGGAUUGGAUUCUACGAUGGAGAUGGUUAUUUCCAGCCAUCUCCCAGCAUGAGAAGAGCUGUGCAGGAAACAAAAAAACUGCUACAGGAGGCAGGGCAUACCCUGGUACCAUUCACUCCACCUCGCAUUGAUUUUUUGGUGGAUGAACUCUUUACCAAAGGCCUCUAUGCUGAUGGAAGUUCCACAUUAUUGGAAAAAUUUGAUGGUGAAUUUGUGGAUUCCACUUGGACAAACCAGAUUCGUUGUUACAGAAUGCCAGACCUGCUGAAGAGACUUUUGGCUUUCCUUUUAAUGCCUGUGUUCCCACGAAUCUCCCGACAUCUGCAUGCCCUCCUUGGUGUGGGGUCAGUCAAAGAACUCUGGAAGAACAAUGUGGAUCGGAUGGCUUACCGUGAUGAAUUCAUUGCAGAAUGGAAAAAGUUGAAGCUGGAUGUUGUGCUUUGUCCUGCUUUGGGCCCAGCCUUUAAUCUAGGAUAUGCUGGCAAACUAUUUGUGGCUACUACUUAUACCCAUCUAUACAAUGUCUUGAAUUUUCCUGCUGGAGUUGUACCAGUCACAACAGUUACACAAACAGAUGAAGAAGAGCUGAAGCAUUACAAAGGGCACUAUGGAGACUUCUGGGAUAAAAGAAUGAAGGAGGCUGUGGAAGAUGCAGUGGGGCUCCCUGUAGCAGUCCAGUGUGUGGCCUUGCCAUGGCAAGAAGAAUUGUGUCUUCGCUUCAUGAAAGAAGUAGAGAGAGUUUCCCAUGAGAGAUGGGGAAAGAGAAAAAUAUGACCCUGAUCGGAAAGAAGCCUGCAAGGAAUGUUGACCUUUCUAAAUAAACUUUAUUAUUGAC